GCCACCUCACCAGCACUGAGAGUGAACUUCCAUCCCCCGAGGCAGUCGAGAGUCCCGAGGCGGAGCCCAAGGAGCAGAUCCUACCCUUCAAGGGCAAGGCAGAGGGGGAGGAAGGAUCCCAGUGCGAGGUGGAGGCGCCCCACCCUGUCCCGGUCGCAGGCGAGGAAGGGACAGCGGGCCCUGUCCCGGAGGAGGAGACGAUUGACCUCAACUUCCUCGAGGACGUGCCGACCUUGAACGUCACCGCGCACCGCAAUCGCGUGGAACUGAACCGCAAGAGGCCGCACCGAGGUUUCUGCAGCCCCCGCGGCGUGCAGAGAGACGGAGGCAGCUCGGAGUCGUGGAUGUUCCGAGAUUCCACGGAGGAGCGGCCCUCGAGGGGGGACGAGGAGGAGGAGGAGAUGGACAGGGAGGGGAACCAGCGAGGCGGCAAGGAGACGGGGUCCAGCCGGAGAAUACCCAGGAUGGAUUCCUCCUUCAAGGUGAAGUCAAAGUCCCGGCACAAGUCCACGACGGAGGGAGGGGAGACAGGCGCCUCGGAGGCCCCGAUGUCUCGAUCUCGAUCCCUGCGCUUCCCCUCCCAGCUGGGACAUGCCUUCCGGAAGGUUCUGCCCACCAAAUCCGAGAAGGGUGAGAGGUCGGAGAGCUCGACCCCAGGCUGGCUGCAGGCCCUCAAACCAAAGAAGAAGAAGUGAGGGAGCUCUCUCCGUCCCUCCAUCGCCCUCAGGACCCUCAGGUGGGGCUGAACGCCUGGACACCUGCCCUCGAAGCAGAGCUCCCGGGAACCGGAGCCGGCUGCCACAGAGCCGUCCGCGCCGUUUUAUAACCACAUCGCCCGAACCUUCGCACUUUUCCCGACUGUCUUCCUACAUGAGGCGGGGGUUACUGAUUUUUUAUAAUUUAAAUGCCGGGGCCACUUCCAAAGCAAAGCUUUUCUACCAAAGGCAUCGGGCGCCCCUUUGCGAUUGUUUGCUGCUGGGAUAAUGGGUAAACACUACACCUUGCUAUUAAUUUACAAUAAAGAUUCUUGCACUACCUUG